AUGCCCUCUGAAGAGACAAAGGAGAGGAUCAUCAAGGCGGUUGAGCUCGGACGUACUGUCCUCCACUAUGGCUGGAUUCCUCUUAUCAUCUACGUCGGCUACACACGAAGCAACCCUCAGCCGUCUCUGAUCAAGUUGAUCAGCCCCCUCGCAUGA